GAGAAAAGGAGGGACGUCAGGGGGGGACCUUCUGGCUCUACACAACACCCUGACAGGAGGAGCCGCCGGGGGGAGUCGAGACCUUGUGCCAUGUCGUGUUUGCUCAAGGUGAGAGGAAAAAGGCCUCAAGGUGUGCCAAGGUUUAAACCACCUGUCCUUUGACCCUGCCAGCACCGAGUCCCUGGGGUUGUGCAGUGCUGCUGGCCCGCGGCUGUUGGACAGCCCGGCUGAGGAUGGAAGUGGCCCAGGAAAGAGGAAGAGGAGCAGCAUUCCCCCAGAAGGCGGCAGAAAUCUGAGCCUGGACUCCAUUCUGAUGGGAUUGCCAAUGUCUGACCCGACUGCCUGGGCCACCGCCAUGAACAACCUGGGCAUGGCUCCCAUGGGCAUGACAGGACAGCCCCUCCUGCCUGAUUUUGAUCCUGCUCUUGGAAUGAUGACCGGAAUCCCUCCAAUCAACCCCAUGAUGCCAGGCCUGGGGAUUGUCCCACCUCCCAUCCCUCCAGACAUGCCAGCUGUGAAGGAGAUCAUACACUGCAAGAGCUGCACUCUCUUCCCACCUAACCCACAUCUUCCCCCUCCAGCCACGAGAGAGAGGCCCCCUGGGUGCAAGACUGUGUUUGUUGGAGGCCUGCCAGAAAACGGGACGGAGCAGAUCAUCAUGGAGGUGUUUGAGCAGUGUGGGGAGGUCAUAGCUAUCCGCAAGAGCAAGAAGAACUUCUGCCACAUCCGCUUUGCUGAGGAAUUCAUGGUGGACAAGGCACUUUACCUGUCUGGCUACCGCAUCCGGCUGGGCUCCAGCACGGACAAGAAGGACACGGGGCGGCUGCAUGUGGACUUUGCUCAGGCACGGGAUGACCUGUACGAGUGGGAGUGCAAGCAGCGCAUGCUGGCGCGCGAGGAGCGGCACCGGCGCCGCCUGGCCGAGGAGCGCUUCCGCCCACCCUCCCCGCCCCCUGUCGUCCACUACUCCGACCAUGAGUGCAGCGUGGUGGCUGAGAAGCUCAAAGAUGACACCAAGUUCUCGGAAGCCAUCCAGACCUUGCUGACCUGGAUAGAACGCGGGGAGGUGAACAGGAGAACUGCCAACAACUUCUACUCCAUGAUCCAGUCGGCCAACAGCCACAUACGCAGGCUCGUCAACGAGAAGGCGGCUCACGAGAAGGAGAUGGAAGAAGCUAAAGAGAAAUUCAAACUGGCUCUCUCAGGGAUCCUGGUGCAGUUCGAGCAGAUAGUGGCCGUGUACCAUUCUGCCUCCAAACAAAAGGCUUGGGACCAUUUCACGAAAGCUCAGCGUAAGAACAUCAGCGUGUGGUGCAAACAAGCAGAGGAGAUCCGUAACAUCCACAAUGAUGAGCUGAUGGGCAUUCGGAGAGAGGAGGAGAUGGAAAUGUCUGAUGAAGAAAUAGAAGAUCCAUCAGAGAUGAAAGAAACAGAAGAGUCAGCGCUGGUGUCGCAGGUGGAGGCGCUGAAGGAGGAGAACGACAGCCUGCGCUGGCAGCUGGACGCCUAUCGCAACGAGGUGGAGCUGCUCAAGCAGGAGCAGGGCAAGGCCUCCAGGGAUGAGGACACCACCAAGGAGCAGCAGAUGAAGCUCCUCCAGCAGGCUCUGCAGGGCAUGCAGAAGCAUCUUUUGAAAGUCCAAGAGGAGUACAAAAAGAGAGAAGCUGAGUUGGAAAAAGUAAAAGAAGACAAACUUAAAAUAGAAACAUUACUAGAAAACCUGAAGGAGCAGCAGAGCAUGGCAGAUGAAGAGGACAAGGAGGGAGAUGCAGCUGACUGCCAAGGGAAUGAGAGCAACACGUCCAGAGUUUGUGCCUGCAGCCAGGAGAAAGAAUAUCCAGUGGAGAAGACCUUGAGCAACAGCCCUGUGAAAUCUGAGCGAGAAGUUCUCUUAGUUGGGAUAAUUUCAACGUUUCUCCAUGUGCAUCCUUUUGGAGCCAGCAUUGAGUACAUCUGCUCCUACCUGCAGCGCCUGGACAGCAAGAUCUGCACAGCAGAGGUGGAAGUGCUCAUGACACGACUGCAGAACACGUUCCGGCAGGAGCUGAGUGGGGUUGGGGCCAGCCUGGAGAAGAGGUGGAAGUUUUGUGGCUUUGAUGGGUUGAAAAUGACUUGAGCUUUGACUUAACGCUGGAAACAGUGGGAUAUGGAUGCUGAGAAAACCUGGGAUGCUCCUUCCUCUGUUCCUGAUGAUUCUCUCACACCACGGCCUUGGUGGUGUAAAAGUGAAACCAAGUCCGGAGCAGCACGAGAAGAACCUCCAAGUUCUGCAGCUGCUUCGAUCAGUUAUUUGUUAUUGGGCAAGUGCUGUUCAAUAUAUUUGGGGAAAAAAGCUCCUACGUGACCCUUUGAA